CGCUGAUAAAUAUAAUCAGUUUUGUGACAGCUUUUUAAAGUAAUCGCUUUGAAGCCACGCCCACUGCCAAUGCAAAGCAAGUAAAGCCAAAACCGAAAGUAUGAUGUGUCUCCAGUCCAGAGUUCCAACAGGGCAGGACGCAGAGAAAGAAGCAAAUCCUGGAAAACACUGACAUCUCCUGACGACAGAUCCAGUCUUGCAGUAAUGUUGAAUCUUGGCUGAAGUUUUGUCAUGGGCAUGGAGUGUUGCAGUGGCCUGAGCAGCAGAUAAACAUCCAGAAGUGAAAACAUAAUGGAGAGUCUGUGGUUGAGAGGAGGAGGAACUGGAGCAUCAGGUGGUGAAGUUAAGGAUGGUCCGUUGUAGGAUGGUCAGAGACAAAUUUGAUGCACUGAGCGAGAAAAACAACACCGCAACAGAGACGCAGGACCAGAGUCAGAAUCCUCGUGAAAGAUCCAGACCUGAACAAGCCGAGCAGCCGGAGAGCGACGAGCCCACGGAGAGGCAGCUGGAUCUGCUGCAGUGGCACAAAGUCCUGGUACGAGAAAACCCAGAGGAGGAAGCACAACCCUGGCCACAGGUGGUGACCGGAGCUGAGGCUGAGAACUGGCCCACACAUCUGCGUACAUUCAGCAGUCCAGAAGAGUAUAAACUGGUCAAACAUACGUAUCAGCAGCUCCAGUACAGUGGUUACUACUGGGGACCACUAACCAUGGACGAAGCACAUGAAAUACUCUCAAAUUUAGCACCGGGCACCUUCCUCAUUAGAGACAGCGGCCAAACCGAUGUUCUCUUCACUCUGAGUUACCAAAGCAGUGACGGGCCGACUAGUGUCCGUGUCAUGCUGAGCAACCUACACUUCAGUCUCUACGGCAGCCACAAGACCUUUGAAUCCCUCUUUGCUCUGCUCAGUCAUUACACGUCCUCAUCCUGUAAGUUGACGGUGCCGCAUCGCAAACAUCGGCCAGAGCGCCUCAAGCAGAUGUGCAGGAGGGCUUUUAUACGUACAUAUGGAGAAGAAGGUGCAAGAAGUUUACCUGGACUCAGCAAACAAGUCAAAGACUAUGUCCAUGCGUAUCCUUAUUCUAUAUAGAUGUCAAAGUGUUGAAGGUCAUGUUGGUAGCUGUCAGUUCAGUUAGAUUCAAGUUAGAUUUUGAUAUGAAGAUGAAUUGAACAGCAACAUUGUCAAGUGAAAAGAAACUUAAAACUAUCCUCCAUUUCCCAAAAACAUUAAUAUUUAGAAAAUAAAUAACUUAUUGCAAACUACCGUGCUAACUGCUAAUGUUCCUGUUCUUUCUAACAUUAGUACCGAUUCACCUGGGACACUGUACAGACGUGUACAGAUGGGAUGAAAUGACAUCUUUGACCAAAAUAAUGAUUUGAUUUAUAUCGUGAUACAUAUUGAUAUCGUCUGAUAUGACAAAAAAAAUAUUGUGAUAUGAUUUUUUUCCAUAUCGCCCAGCCCUACCCUGAACCAUCAGCAGAUCCAUUAUGGUGCAAUUUUAACAAGAUCAAAUUAAAAAACAAAUGCACAUUUUUACAUUAUCAAAUAACUUAUUUUAAACAGUAUGAUCAGAAAAAAUGGUGACCAGAACGCUGCCUAAAAAUACAGAUUUUUGCCUUUUCGUGUUGCCCACUAACAUUCAGGGGGACGGGGCUUAGACAUGUACUGCAGCCAGCCAACAGGGGGAGAUUACAAUGUUUUGGGCUUCACUUUCAUCUCUCUAUACAGUCUUUGGUUCAAUAAGGUGUUCACUCUUUGUAUUUAUAUAAAUACCUGAAUCUUGUACAUGGAAUGUCUUUUCAUCCGUGGAUGAUAUUUGCACACAUUGCUGAAGAGGUUUUACUGAGCACACAAGGCUUGCAUCAACAGUGCACACCAUUUUUGUGUGACAUAUCCUGUGUAAAACUUGUACCACUGCCUUAAUAAUUCAUAUAAAUGAGUAGCAUCCACAAAUAGGAAGCAUUUUGCUGCUGUUUAAAGUUACAUUAAUUGACUUUCAUUCACACUAGCAGGCUCAAAAGCACCGUGACCACUCUACAGGUUAGAAUAGUUGCCAGUUUACACAUGUACCACAUAGGAGUACAUUUAUUGUGAGUUGGGUUUGAAGCCACUUAUAAAAUGCAGGUCUGAUAUCAGCACUCAUCAUGCUUUGAGCCAGAGAGACAACAUUUUCUUUGUUAGUGUGACCAACAUAACUCAUUUAAAGACAUGUUGGAUUUCAUGAAACUGAAUGUAUAUUGACUGAGUGAAUAUCUACAUGUCUUUAGAUUUAGGGGGGUUAAUAAAUACUGAACCUACACAUGUGAAACUGUUGCAAUCUUUACACCAGAUAAUUAUUUCCCAUUUUGGGUUUGCAUCACCUUUUGGAUAUGUUUCAUUUCAACUUUGUUUUAGUGAAUGUGUAUGUAGUGUCAGUUUUCAGACUUUUUUUGUUUGUUUGUUUGUUUGUUUACUUGUGAACGGUAAAUGUGUAAAUCUGAGGUGAUGACCUGCUAAAUUUGCUUCAUGGAGCUGCAGAGUUGGUCAAUGUAUAACUGUAAUUUGGUAGCUAUGAUGUUAAAUACAGACCUUUGAUGCUCAGUGCAAAAAAUAUUGAUUAAUGUAGUUUUAAAAUGAUGAUCUUCCAUCCAAUUUUUCAACACUUGAAAUUAUUUUUCAUGUAUGUUCAUAUAGUUUUUAACUGUGUCUUGAGUGCCUGCAAAUGUACAUGUAAUAUGUAAUAAACUGUAACAAACUGAUGACUGCAGUGAUAAAGUGCAGUGGAAUUUCAGGUCUCUGUGGGAUUUAUUUGCAACAUUAAUGCACAUUUUUAGAUUAAACA